UCAUGCAAGUCCAAAGCACGGCGAGGAGUCCUGUCUUGUGACCAACAACCACAAAAAAUAAAAAAAAUUUAAAAAAGAAAAAAAGAAAGAAAGAAGAAGAAGAAGAAGAAGAAGCGCAUUACUUUGUGCGAGCCUCCCCUUUUUUGCGUGUAAUUUUUUGCGGGCUGGAUGAAUCCCCCGCGGAGCAGGAGGCGCCUCCUCGCUGCCGUCACUUGUGACAUUUGUGCCGGCAAGACGAUGCCUCUGAGGACGGGACUUUUCCUCCUGAUGGUGCUCCACGCAUCUGCCCACGAGCUGGACCACAACGAGUCCUAUCCGUCCAGGAGGGCGCGCUUCUCCGCCAACAGCCCUUCAGAUGUGGCGCGCUGUCUCAACAGCGCCCUCCAAGUUGGCUGCGGGGCCUUCGCCUGCCUGGAAAACUCCACGUGCGACACAGACGGCCUGCACGACAUCUGCAAGUCCUUCCUGUACAGCGCUGCUAAAUUUGACACUCAGGGUAAAGCCUUCGUGAAAGAGAGCCUUAAGUGCAUUGCCAACGGCGUCACCUCCAAGGUGUUCCCGAACAUCCGCCGCUGCUCCGCGUUCCAAAGAAUGAUAUCGGAAGUCCAAGAGGAGUGCUACAGCAAGCUGGACAUAUGCACGGUCGCUCACACCAACCCCGACGCCAUCGGUGAGGUGGCCCAGCUGCCGAGUCACUUCCCCAACAGGUUCUACGGGAGGCUGCUGCAGAGCCUGAUGGACUGCAACGAGGACACGGUGGAGCGCGUGAGGACCAGCAUGGUGUCUCAAAUGGGCCCGGAGAUGACCAUGCUUAUUCAGCUGCUGCAGAACAAGCCCUGCUCUUCCGCCGCCGCCCCUACGGGAGCCGAGGGCCGCGGGAGCUGGCGCUGGCCCGCGGGUCCCCAUACGUACAAGACCCAGCCUAAUCUGCGAAACAGAGACUCUGCCAGUCCCUUCGGCAAAAAGCGCUCUGCCAGUGACAGCUCCUAACUUGCACUUGGAGUCGCAAAGCUCCUCUAGUCCCUCGGCGGGGGGGACUGCAUCCACGCCUCCGCUAGACUGGAAGUUACGAAAAUAUGCACCUCCUGGGACCGCCCAUAGAGUUCACAAAGAGUUGGAUUGUUGCUAUAUUGUGUAUCCUACGUUUAAGGCUUGAGAGACCCCACCCCCAUUCGAACCCUGUGAAUCACUCCCAGAGCCUUUCGAUCUCCUUCGACUGAGAUGACUCCGGCACAACAAAAAAGAAAAACGUAAUAUUGUGGUUUCAUCAAUAUUGGUUCAUGGUUGAGGUUAUCAUGAGACGUAUCCAAUAUGAUGAUGAUGGGAUCGGUCAAAGGCUAUGUUCACACUGCAGCUCCAUUCCGAUGUUUUGCCCAUAUGUGAGAUGUACCGCAUCAAUGUGAACAGAACGAUUCCGAUUUUUUUUAAAUCCGACACAAGCCUUUUUCAUAUGCAGAUAUGAGUCAGAUAUGUAUCCGAUUGCAGCCUGAACGUUCAGGUAGCGUUUGUCCGACCUAUACGUUAUCGGAAUAAUUAUUCGUUAAUACCCACAGGCGUGAAAGUCAAAGGCUCGGUAGAAUUUCAGAUCAAUUCCAAUUUUUUGCACAAUUCCGAUUUUUUGGAAAUCUGACAAGCCUUUUUUCGGAUGCAGAUAUAAAUCAGAUUUGUAUCCGAUUGCAUUCUGAGCAUUCAGGUCGCGUUCAUCCGAUUUAUCUGUCAUCGGAAGUGUACCAACGUCGUAGUUCUUCGCCAAUACACACGGGCGUAAAAGUCAAAGGCUAUGUUCGAACUGCAGGUCAAUUCCAAUUGUUUUCCUCACGUGUGACAUGUGAACAGCACAAUUCCGAGUUUUUUCAAAUCCAACACAAGUCUUUUUCACAUGCAGAUAUGAGUAAGAUAUGUAAUCCGAUUGCAGUCUGAACGUUCAGGUGACGUUAAUUCAAUCUUUUCGUUAUCGGAAGGUAACAAACGUCAUAAUUAUUCGCCAAUACACACAGGCGUGAAAGUCAAAGGCUCGGUAGAAUUUCAGAUCAAUUCCAAUUUUUUUGCACAAUUUAAAAAAAUUUCAAAUCCGACACAUGCCUUUUUCAGAUGCAGCUAUAAAUCAAAUAUGUAUCCGAUUGCAUUCUGAGCAUUCAGGUCGCGUUCAUCCGAUUUGUUUGUCAUCGGAAGUGUACCAACAUCAAAAAUGUUUGCCAAUACACACAGGCGUGAAAGUCAAAGGCUAUGUUAAAACUUCUGGUCAAUUCCGACUUUUUCACCAAAAUGUGUAACAUAUGAAUAAUUCCGAUUUUUUUUCAAAUCCGACACAAGCCUUUUUUCGUAUGCAGAUAUAAAUCAGAUAUGUAUUGUAUGGUAUGGUAUGGAUCUUUGUCAUCGUGCAAGUACAAUGAGAUUUCCGAUGUGAUUACAGUCUGCACGUUCAGGUCACGUCGAUCCGACCUAUGCAUCAUCGGAAAGUGAGAAACGUCCCAAUUCUUUGCCAAUACACACAUGCGUGAAAGUCAAAAGCUAUGUUCGAACUGACAAUCAAUUCUGAUUUUUCUGCCCGUAUGUGACAUGUGAACAGCACACUUUACUUCCGUAAACACUAGGCUUUGAGUGUGACAUUGUGUUUCAUGCAAAUUUUGGUCACGUUCUGUUUACAUGAAACACGCAUAAAUGUUAUAUGUUUUAUGUUUUUACAAUGUGAUCGAGUUCGGAUUUAACAAAAAAAAAUCAGAAAUGGACAUCGUACACUGCAAGUGUGAACAUAGCCAAAAUGUGAGCGCGAGAUGUGAAGGCGCUAACUCUUACAUGUACUGUAUCCUGUAGGUAAUCUGAGACAGCCAUAGCUAGCCUUCUAAAAGAGAGCAAGAGAGAUUACCUUAACAACGACCAAAAAACAACAACUUCAAAACUGCCCUGAAUGCUAUUCAUGGAAAACCAAAUUUGUUAAUUGUGUGUAUUUGUUUUCUUUUCCGAAGACAGAUGUAGCCAUUGUCGUGACGUCGUGCUCACAAUGCAUACGACUGUUGAGCUCUACGCCGUAUCAAGGACCAUGUUUAUGUUGCUAACUCGGGUGAAAGAGAUUUAGAGUAAAUAUUUAAAAAAAAAAAA